AUGGUCUGGCAUGUAUUUUGGCAAAUUCUCGCACUGUGGGCAUGGGGUGACAACGGAUCAGUACUAAUAGUUAUCGGAUAUAUUGGAUUGGCAGCAUGGAAUACUUUUGAUGUCAUCGAUUCGAAGUUAUCUAACCAAAGUUUUGUAAUUGGAGAUGAGUCAACAUGGGGGUUCGGGCAAAUUCUACCGCUUGGGUUACUCGCUCUGAUAUGUUUAGAUUUACUCGAUAUCCUCAACAAAGCGUAUAAGCAUCAAAGCACGAUUAUUACGUCAGAUUCAUGGGUUCAAAAAGAUGAGUUGUCGCUGGUGAGCUUGGGAAAUGAGAAUUCAGUUUGGCCUGAUGUCCGAACUUAUACAUGUCCUCACUGA